AUGGUUCUACGCGGUGCCCUUUUACGUACUUGCCGCCGUUUUGGCAGCAGCCGUUACACGUCGAUCCGUUCAGGUUGUUUGCUUGGAUUCCAACCUUCUAGACGCUUUGGCGGUAUUUUCCAAAGCUCUCGUGCAUUCUCAGCCGAAUCUGACAAGUUGCUCCAACUGGUCCGUGGUGAGAUCCAACACGAGAAGUCUAAUUACGAAUCUCCUGCCACUAUCAAGACAUUCUUAGAGAAGAAUGACUGGAAAUUCGUUGAGAGAGAUGGAGACAUCAAUAUGACCUUGGAGAAGACAGUAGACGGCAAAAAGGUCACUGUUGAUUUCCAACUGGUAUCCCCCUUUGAGACAGAGGGUGACGGGGAGACUCAAGCUGAGAUGACCGACUUCUCAGUAACUGUUGAGAAGUCUGACGGUCAAGGUAUUACUUUCUACUGCAGUACCCUUCAGAACGACGAGAAGUUCCGUUACAUGAUCUGCAACGUUCGUUUCUUCACUGAUGAAGCUUCCAAGAACUCGGUAUCCACUUACAACGGCCCCGAUUUCGAAGAUUUGGACGAUGGCCUCCAAGCUACCCUUGACGAAUGGCUUGGCAGCCUGGGUAUCGAUGGAGAGUUAUGUGACUUCAUUGAUUCGUGUAGUAUUGACAAGGAGCAGCGUGAGUACAUUUUCUGGUUGAAGGGCAUUGAGAAGUUCCUUUCCUAA